AUGCCUUUCGCCAAGAGGAUCGUGGAGCCGCAGUGGCUGUGCCGGCAGCGGCGCCCGGCGCCCGGCCCGGCGGAGGACGCUAACGGAGGCAGCGCUGAGCCGCCGCCGCCCCUGCAACCGCCGGACCGACGGGACGAGGCCGUGGCGCCGGGGCCGGAGGAUCCCACCCGCGCGCCUCCCGGGCCGCCGCCGCCGCCGCCGCCCCUGCCCGCGCCGACCGACCAGGCGCAGCCGCCGCACGGCGAGGCGCCAGCAGCGGGCGAGGAGAGCGCGGCGGGGGUCGCGGAGGCGGCGUCCGCGGCUGGCGAGGCCACCUCGGCGGCAGCCGCGGCCGUGCUGCUCAUGCUGGACCUGUGCGCGGUCAGCAAUGCCGCGCUGGCCCGCAUCCUCCGGCAGCUCUCGGACGUGGCCCGGCACGCGUGCAGCCUCUUCCAGGAGCUCGAGAGCGACAUCCAGCUGACCCACCGCCGCGUCUGGGCGCUGCAGGGCAAGCUCAGCAGCGUGCAGCGCGUCCUUGGCACGCUGGACCCCAAGCAGGAGGCAGUGCCCGUCUCCACCCUGGACAUUGAGAGUAAACUGAGCGUAUACUACCGUGCACCAUGGCACCAGCAGAGAAACAUCUUCCUCCCGGCCACAAGGCCGCCCUGUGUGGAGGAGCUGCACCGCCAUGCCAGGCAGAGCCUGCAAGCCCUGCGCAGAGAACACCGGAGCCGGAGUGAUCGCCGGGAGCAGAGAGCUGCUGUCCCCCUUUCCGUAGCGGCUCCUCCACUGCCAGCCUAUCCCCCAGCUCACAGCCAGAGGAGGCGCGAAGUUAAGGACCGGCACUUCUUAACGUUUAACAGCACCCGUUCGCCCUCCCCCACUGAGUGUUGCCACAUGACCCCAUGGAGUAGAAAGUCCCAUCCCCCGGAGGAUGAAGAUACAGAUGUCAUGUUAGGGCAGAGGCCGAAAAACCCAGUACACAAUAUCCCCUCCACGCUGGACAAGCAGACCAACUGGAGCAAAGCACUGCCUCUCCCAACACCAGAGGAGAAGAUGAAACAAGAUGCCCAAGUGAUUUCUUCCUGCAUUAUUCCCAUCAAUGUCACUGGAGUUGGUUUUGACAGAGAGGCUAGUAUACGCUGCUCUCUUGUUCAUUCACAAUCCGUACUACAGCGGAGACGGAAACUGAGGAGGAGGAAAACCAUCUCGGGUAUCCCCAGAAGAGUCCAACAAGAAAUAGAUUCUGAUGAAUCCCCUGUGGCCAGGGAAAGGAAUGUGAUUGUGCACACGAAUCCAGACCCUUCCAACACUGUCAACAGGAGGUCUGGAACCAGGGAUUCAGAGUGCCAAACUGAAGAUAUUCUGAUUGCUGCUCCAUCGAGAAGGAGAAUCAGAGCUCAAAGGGGUCAAAGCAUUGCAGCUUCCCUUUCUCAUUCUGCUGGCAACAUCUCUGCAUUGGCAGACAAAGGCGACAGCAUGUUCACUACUGCAGUGAGCAGCCGUACAAGAUCUCGGAGCCUCCCCCGGGAGGGCAACAGAGGUGGGGAUGCUGAGCCCAAAGUUGGUGCUAAACCCUCAGCAUAUGAAGAGGGGGAGCCUUUCAUGGGCGACCAAGAAAGAACCCCAAAUGAUUGCAGUGAGGCCCCCAGCAGCCCAAGUGCACAGGAACACCAGCCUGCUUUGGGCCUGGCUUGUUCUCAACGUCUUCACAGCCCUCAGCACAAGUUAAAUGAGAGAGGGAGGUCACGUCUGUCCCGAAUGGCUGCUGACUCUGGCAGCUGUGACAUCUCCUCCAACUCAGACACCUUUGGGAGCCCCAUCCACUGCAUCUCCACGGCUGGCGUCCUCCUCAGCAGCCACAUGGACCAGAAAGAUGACCACCAGUCAUCCAGUGGCAACUGGAGUGGGAGCAGCUCCACAUGCCCCUCACAGACCUCAGAGACAAUCCCUCCUGCAGCUUCUCCUCCCCUCACCGGCUCUUCACACUGUGACUCGGAGUUGUCACUCAACACAGCCCCUCAUGCUAAUGAGGAUGCCAAUGUCUUCGUGACAGAGCAGUACAGUGACCACAUGGAUAAAGUGAGAGGCCACCGGGCAAACUCCUUUACCUCCACUGUGGCAGAUCUGCUGGAUGACCCCAACAACAGCAACACCAGUGACAGUGAGUGGAAUUACCUACACCACCAUCACGAUGCCUCCUGCCGCCAGGAUUUUAGUCCUGAUCGCCCCAAGGCAGACAGCCUGGGCUGCCCGAGCUUCACAAGCAUGGCCACUUAUGACAGCUUUCUGGAAAAGUCUCCAUCAGACAAAGCAGACACUAGCUCUCACUUUUCAGUGGACACAGAAGGAUACUACACUUCCAUGCACUUCGACUGUGGUCUCAAAGGCAGUAAGAGUUAUGUCUGUCACUAUGCAGCUUUGGGCCCAGAGAAUGGCCAGGGCAUCGGGGUACCUCCUACUCUUCCGGACUGUGCCUGGCAGGACUACUUAGACCAUAGGAGGCAGGGGAGACCUAGCAUCUCUUUCAGGAAACCAAAGGCAAAGCCGACCCCACCUAAACGUAGUUCAUCACUGAGGAAGUCCGAUGGAAACACAGACAUUUCUGAGAAGAAAGAACCAAAGAUAAGCAGUGGCCAGCUCCUGCCUCACAGUUCCAGGGAAAUGAAGCUGCCUCUUGAUUUCUCCAACACGCCUUCUCGAAUGGAAACUGCCAACCUUCCCACCAAGCAAGAAUCUGCUUGGAUGAACCAGAGUGAACAUGGUAUUAAGGAACCUCAGUUAGACACUUCAGAUACUCCACCAUUCAAAGAUGAAGGUGCUGAAUCAACUCACUAUGCAGAUCUCUGGCUUCUCAAUGACUUGAAAACAAAUGAUCCUUACAGAUCUUUAUCUAAUUCAAGCACUGCUACGGGUACCACAGUUAUUGAAUGCAUCAAAUCUCCAGAGAGCUCUGAAUCCCAAACAUCCCAGUCAGAAUCAAGAGCCACCACCCCAUCCCUUCCUUCUGUUGACAAUGAGUUUAAACUGGCCUCACCAGAAAAACUGGCCGGCUUGGCGUCGCCGUCAAGUGGCUACUCGAGCCAGUCUGAAACACCGACCUCCUCUUUCCCUACAGCUUUCUUUUCCGGUCCACUGUCUCCUGGAGGUAGCAAAAGAAAACCGAAAGUUCCAGAAAGGAAAUCCUCACUACAGCAACCCUCUUUAAAAGAUGGAGCUCUUUCACUGAGUAAAGACCUCGAACUUCCAAUUAUACCUCCUACCCAUCUUGACCUAAGUGCUCUUCAUAGUGUCUUGAAUAAACCAUUCCACCACCGUCACCCACUGCAUGUUUUUACUCAUAGUAAGCAGAACCCAGUAGGAGAAACACUGCGGUCGAAUCCUCCACCAUCCCUUGCAAUUACACCGACAGUCCUGAAAUCUGUUAACCUUAGGUCCAUCAGCAAGUCUGAAGAAGUGAAGCAAAAAGAGGGCAACAACACAGAUCUCCCCUACUUAGAAGACAGCACUCUCACAAUGGCUGCCCUGUCUCCAGGUAAGAUUAAGCCGCAUGUGGCUAAGAAAUCAGUAUCGCGUCAGUACUCCACUGAAGACACCAUACUGUCCUUUUUAGACUCCUCUGCAGUUGAGAUGGGACCAGACAAACUCCAGUUAGAGAAAAAACGUACUUUUGAUGUAAAGAAUCAUUGUGACCCAGAAACAGCAACCUCAGCUGGUAACAAUCUUCUAGAUUCAAGUGUCACAAAAGACCAAAAGCAUAUGGAGAGCGAGCUUAUUCCGGAAAACACACCAAGUAAAAAUUGUGACUUUCCCACAGAAGGAUUUCAGAGGGUCUCUGUUUCCCGCCCAAAUGAUUUGGAUGGUAAAGUACUACAAUAUGGAGCUGGUCCAGAUGGAGCCCUAGCACAGGUGCAGAAGCCAUCCUCUGCAGACUGGGAGGAAGCUGCAUACCCUGAGUCUGUGGAUGUGCUCACAGCUCAGUCAAACUCACCAACCAGACCCACAGACAUAAGCAGUCAACUUAAGCAUCAACUUGGGAUGAGCCGCCAUCAUGACAAAGUGCCUGGGAAUAUCAGCUGUGAAGCAGAGCUAUCAACUGCAAAUUCAUGCCCUGAAAAAUGUUCUGAGCAGGAAAAUAUUGCUUCAGGUAUUUCAGCCAAAAGUGCCUCUGAUAACAGCGGAGCAGAGGAGACCCAAGGAAGUGUGGAUGAGGUUUCACUGAAAGAAUCGUCACCGAGUGAUGACUCUAUGAUUUCACCACUUAGUGAAGACUCUCAGGCUGAAGCAGAAGGUGUGUUCGUGUCUCCAAACAAACCUCGUACAACUGAGGAUUUGUUUGCAGUCAUUCACAGGUCCAAGAGGAAAGUACUUGGAAGAAAAGAUUCUGGGGAUAUGUCCACUCGAAGCAAAUCGAGGGCUUCUCUUGGCAGCAGUAGCAGCAGCAGCGCCGGUUCUGUCACUUUGCCCAACAGCAACGUGACCACCCCAAACAGCCAGAGGUCUCCUGGCCUCAUCUACCGAAAUGCCAAGAAGUCCAACACAUCGAACGAAGAGUUUAAGCUGUUACUCCUCAAGAAAGGAAGUCGCUCGGAUUCUAGUUACCGCAUGUCUGCUACUGAGAUCCUGAAGAGUCCCAUCCUGCCCAAACCUCCUGCAGAGCUCACCGCUGAGUCCCCACAAAGCACCCAUGACGCCCAUCAGGGGGCACCUGGGGCCGAGGCAUUGUCCCCACUCUCUCCAUGCUCCCCAAGAGUUAACGCAGAAGGGUUUUCCUCCAAGAACUUUGCCACCUCAGCAUCGGCAAGGGUUGGCCGUUCCCGAGCGCCCCCUGCGGCCAGCAGCAGUCGCUACAGCGUCCGCUGCAGGCUGUACAAUGCGCCCAUGCAGGCCAUCUCUGAGGGUGAGACAGAAAAUUCUGAUGGGAGCCCACAUGACGACCGAUCCUCCCAGAGCUCAACAUAGGUGGCCCGGGCCAGGCUGGCUGUCAAAGGCCAAAACCCUUAGUCAUAUGAGGAUGUAGGAACAGAACAGAGGACUGGGGAGAAGUCAGCACACCAUGGGGUACCAUCACUGCUUACCAACGAUUUCCUAAAUAUUUGCUGGGGAAAUGGAAGAUCGUCUUUC